AAGACGUUAAAUGAUAUGAUAUUACCCCUUAAUGGCGUUAGCACGCAAGAUCAAGGAUUCAUAUGUGUUCAGAUUUAUCGGGAACAACUCUAUUGUACCAUUAUCACGAUAAUCGAAGAGAGAUUAGACAAAAAAGAAUAGCUCGCCUAUAUAUCGGAGGAAAGAGGUGAAAAAAAGAAUAAAGUACUUUCAAUAAUGAGUACAAGAAACAAGUCUGGCGAAGACUGUCUAGGAAACACUGUCAUCAAUCCAUCACGACAACCCACGUAUACACCGGACACUCAAAGCCUGGCAGACAGUUUUGACCAAUGGUAUGAUAAAGUUAAAAAUAACUUUGAGGGCCCUGAAUCUGAUCUUUGUAAAACUCUAUUGACUGUGAUAACCAAUAAGUUUGCUUCGUCCGCCACUUGCCGACACAACACACCUACAAUGGUUUCCAUAAAUGAAACGGAUAUUAUGAAUGAAAGGCAAAAAGCCUUCAGAAAAAAACUUCAGGAUUUAGACGCUGACUACAGUUACCAACUGAAGGAGAAAGAGCUCGAGAAUCAAAACCUGCUAAAACGCCUCCAGAAACAAGAAGAGACAAUGGUAGAGCUACAGAACAAGCUGAAGCGGCAAGACGAGGUACAGAAGAGACAUUCUGAAUAUGAUGACCUCAAAAUACGACUUUGUGAAGAAAAGAUAGAAGACUUGGAAGAAGAGUUGAAACAGAAGGACGAUGUGUACGAAACUAAGAUAGCGUCGCUAGAGAAGCGUUUAGAGCUCAAAAUAACAAUACAAGAUAAUAAGAAAAAAAGAAGACGACGUAAGCCAAAGAACUGGAAAUAAUUCUUUGAACUUUUUUUUUUUACAAUGGAGGCGCGGUGGCUGAGUGGUAAAGCGCUUGGCUACCGAACCGAGGUUCCGGCUUCGAAUCCUAGUGAAGACUGUGAUUUUUAAUUUCGGGAUCUCUGGGCGCCUCUGCGUCGACACAGCUCUAAUGGGUACCUGGCAUUAGUAGGGGAAAAGUAAAGGCGGUUGGUCGUUGUGCUGGCAGAUGUGACGAAACAUUUAAUAAAGAAAUGACAUUUUUUGAUAAC